UAGUCCUCCACCCGAACAUGCGAACCUGGAAGCCCGAAUUUUCAAUUUCGAAUUUGUUUUAUUAUCUCUUUCAUAUUAUGUAAAACUUAAUGAAUUUUUGAUUAACAAGCUUAACAGUUUCAAAGAGAGCACUAGCAACACAGUAUGUAAUAAAACAUUUUUAUCUCCAGUGCAUGAGACUGCCUAUCAAAAAUUCUCAAGAGUUGCUGUUUUUAAAUAUCUUGUAAUUUUGCUGUUGAAUUGAUUUUAUGUGGCAUAAGCACCAAGCAUGGGAUAUUAAAUAAAUAAAUGAAGUUAACAUACAAACUGUUAAUAAUAAAAAGGCAAAGAAAACUGAAUAUUGAUAUGAUGAACUGAGAAAUGACUGAAAAAAACAGAAAAACUAUAUGCCGACAUUUAAUAAUGUUAAUGCAUUGGGAGUUCUAAACCUAUAAUGCUAUGCUGCUUUUAAAAUUUUAGUAAUUUUGCUGUUAAAUUGUAUGGCAUAAGUGCAAAAAAAUUAUACUAAAAAAAAUGUAUAUCUAAAAAAAAAAUAGUAGGAGAGAGUAUAGAAGCAGACUGUUAGACUGCGAGUUCAGUGAGAGCAUAAAAAGUCGUAACAAAUAAAUCCUCUUGGACAACCAUUAAGAUCUUAUAUUUUUCAGAUUUGUUUUUUCUUCUGUGUAUGUGCACAUGCGGGAGAGACAGAGAGUUUUCAUAUUUUCGUUUAAAGCUUAUAUGAUAUCACAUCAGUGCAAAUGGUCAUGAAGAGUCAACAUAAACAUUCAUUAAAUCAUAAAGUCAUUAAAUCACCUACCCACUGCAACAAAAAAAAAAAAAAAAAAAAAAAAAAAAUCCUAUGACCUCCAAAAAAAUUAAUCCUGUUGUAAUCAUAAAAAUUUUAUAACAUAUAGUAAUAAAAAUUUUCUUUAGAAUCAUCAUGAACUGGAUAUGUUUUCUUCCAUAAAUUAUUUACCUUUAAAGCCUUCUAAGUAUUUUUUUUUAACUUAGUACUAAUUGCAAUUUUUAUAAAGUCUUUAAUAAAUUAAUAUUCACUGUUUGUUAAUAAUGGCAAUGAAAGUGUUACUUCAUUAUUCAUAAAUCACUUAUAUGUGCCUAAAAUUAUUCUAAAUUUAUUUUAAAUUUAUUUUUUAGAAUGUUGUAUUACAAAUAAUAAUAAUUGUAUAAAUGCAUUUAUUCCACAGUAAAUUCUUUUGCAAGUAUUUAAAGUCUUCCCUGUCCAUGUGAAAUAAAACUUGGAAUAUUAACUUUAUUUUACAACGAACUCUGAUUGCAUUUAUUUUAAUGUAGCUUUAGGUUACUUUUAAAGGAUGUAUUAGUAAACAUGUCCUUUCCUGUGGUGGUCCCUGAUGGUGCAUCUGAUAGAUAAAUAAUUUUUUUAUCAUAGAAAAUGCUGUUUAGCUGAAAAUAAUGCCAUAAGAAGGGCUGAUGUUCAUUAAUCUCUGUUAUUGGUAGUCAUUUACUUUUAUCACUAUUGGAAUAAAAUUUGAAUUCAUUAACAAAUAGGUUGGCAUCCUAUUUGUCUGGCAGAAAAUGGCUUUUCCUGAAUGUUAAGAAUACUAUUAUCAGCCAUAGUGAAUAGUAUUCAUAUACUUGAUCUUUAUUAUAUUUUUAUGAAUGCAUAAUUAAUGCAGAUGACUCAUAAUGAGCAAAUUAUAAUUUAAGGAGCUGUGAAAAUCUUGCUAAUAGUCUUGCUGUUGUUAAGCAGAAUUAUUGAUUAGGGAAAAGUCUUUGUGAAUAGAGCAGCUAAUUGCUUACAGUAAGUGAAAAAAUAAUUGCCAGCAAACUUUGUUCUCUAGUUCUGAUAAUGCAUAACAUUCUGUUUUAGGUACUAAAUUUAUGCAGAAAAUUUGAAAUUUCAAGAGAGUCGAGUAUAAGUCUUAUAAUAAAGUGGUUACCAAAAUCUUCCUUCUGCUUACCAUUCUUGAAGAUGAAAUAGAUAACUUUAUAUGGUGGAAGAAAGAAAAUAACAGCUUUUAUUCUAAUGAUGAUACUACUUUUAAUAUAUUUAUAAUAACUGAUACAGAUGUUUAUGAUUUCAUUAAUUUUUAAUAAUUGGAUUGCAAUUUACACAGUGUUCUAUCAUUUAUGUUUUAAAGUAGGGAUAAGUGAUGGAGCAGAAUGUUGUAGAAUUUAUAAGUAAAAUAAUGCUACAUGUGUGAAUUAUGUUCAUCUUUGUUAACUUUGUGGCAAAAUAGAUUAUUUAAAUUAUUUUCUUUAUGAUUUCACUUUUCGGACCAAAACGAAAGGUAUCUAUGUAACAUAAUAUUUCUUUGUUUUUCUUUCCCUUUAUAUUGAAGCUUUCUUGUAUUUUUAAGAUGUAACAGUAAUUGAAUCCUUUCUCAUUACCUCUUACUUCUCACUUUAUAAUUAGGACUGGCUUAGAUAUUGCUCUGUAUAGCUGAGAUAUUGCAGUUACUAUUAUUUAUGUUAAUUGCAUGAAGGAUUUUUUUUGGGGGGGGGGAACUUUUUAUGGUUUUGUACAAAAUUUCUAAAGUAGAAAUGUUUGCAUUUGCUUUCUAUAAAUCUGAAUUAAAUAUUACAUAUAAAAUAGUUUUUAAUAGCUCUGUUCAUUUUGAAUAAAUAUUAAUUAUUUUUCCGAAAUAUUAUACAUCGUAGUUUGUCAUUAUAUUGUUUUAAACAUUUAUACAAUGCAGCAUUUUGCAUGUAUUGCAUUGUUUACCACAGAACAACAUGUUGCAGAAUCUUUUAAAUGCUGUUUAAUGUUAAAAAUAUUUUUGAAGGUAUAAAAUAAGAAAGUUUUUUAAAUUAAAAGAAGGGUUAUUUUAGAAAUAGCAUAUUUUUUAAAUAUGAUUAAUCUUAGAACUGCAAUGAAGAGAUAACAGUGGAUUAAUUAAUAAAUGUAUCUUUUACAUCAUAUGUAUUUCUAUCAUUGAAAAUUAUAAGUUUAAAUGGUUAAAAUGUGACAAAAAAUGUGUAAUAAUUUUGUAGCUUAAGUGCAAUGGUUAAGUAUUAAAAAAUCAGUUAUGUAUUGACACUUAAUUUUUUCAGGCAAAUGCAUUUAAAAUAUGAUUCAUAGUUAUGAAGACUUUGCCUGAAGAUCUUAUGAAAAUUAAAAUUUUUUGUCGUAGUUGAUUUAUAAUAUUUUACAAAUUUAUGCAAGUGUUUCGUUUUCCAGUACUAACUGCUGUGACUAAAACAAGGACAACAGGUAUUCUCAUACCAUAUUGUUUUUGAUGAAUGCAGCUACAUCAAAAUGUAUAGUAUGAUAAAGAUAUUUUAGUUGAAUUUCCUAUUGUAAUCAUUAUCUAUAUUAAAAUGGAAAAAAAAAAGCUUAUUAAAUAAAUAAUUUUAGGCCUCUAUUUUUAAUGAUGUUAAUGAAAUUUCAAAUACAGAAUUGGAUUUUGUUUGUCAUUAAGUAAAAGUUUUAAAGUUAGUGUAUAAAGAGACUGUAUUUAUUUAUUUGAUUUAUUGCAUUAAAUGCUAUCCCUUCCCUCUGAUGUAAAUAAUUGAAAUAUGUUGUCAAAUGUAGUCUUUUAUCAGUAUCAGUUUUAUUUUAUUUAUUUCAUAAUGUUUGAAAGAUUGCUUGAUUUUAUUUUUACUAUUCUCUUUCAGUAGUAAGAUGUUAAAAGUUCUUUUUAAAACUUUCAUUCCAAGAAAGUUUAAAAAUCAUGCUGAAAUAUCUGUAUUUUUAUAAACUGAACUAAUUUAAAAUAUAUAUCUUUUUAUUAUAGUAAAUGAACAUCAAGAUGUACUUUCUUCCAAGUUUGAUUGUUGGAAUGUUGAUUAUUCUUGCUCAGUAUGUUCCUAUUCAUCACGGUAUAAAUGGAAUUUGCAGAAGCACAUGGUUUUCUGGUAGAAAAGGAAUCUGCAGAGAAUGAAGACAUAAACUGUAUGUUUUUGAAUUAUCUUUCUGCUGAAAGGGAUUCAUUUUUCCUUCCACAAACCACAUUUAUUGAACUUCUAAAAGAAAGAAAUAAUCUUAAAAUGAUGUAUGGUGAAAGAAUAUCCUUCUCCUACUCUAAUAAGACUUUUCUAUCAUCUGAUGAUCAUCAUCUGCUGCAGCAAGUUCAGCAUCCUGGUAGUCAUGCGUAUACCUGUCAAGUGUGCCAGAAAAUCUUUAGUCUGAAAGGAAAUUUGCACAGACAUUUAAAAAUCCAUACUGGAGAACGUGCAUUUUCAUGCACUGUAUGUAGUAAAGGCUUUAUAAGGGAGGAUAACCUCAGAACUCAUAUGAGAUUUCAUGAAGGAAAACGUCCAUAUGUGUGUAGUAUAUGUAAUAAAAGUUUUACUUUGAAACAGGGUUUAAAAAUGCAUUUAAUUAUACACUCAAAAUAGCACCAUCAUGAAUAUGGUUGUUUCUGUUUACCAUUUUGGUCAAGUAAGAUUUUACUGUAAUUAUAAGUUGUGAAUAACUGGCAUGCUCUGUUAAAGUAAAGCAGAGUAGGAAUUUCAGAAGUCAACUGUGAAAUAUAUUUCUUUUUAAUAGUAAAAGUGUAUUGAUAGUGGUAACAAAUAAAAAAGCAAAAUAAUUACAUUUUAUGCCAGGUAGAUAAAAAAAAAUGAUUAAAAUAAAAUCAGAAAAUUUUCAUCAUUUUGAAUCCUAAAAUAUUUCUGUAAACACAAAAUUUCUAAUGCAAUUUCUUCUGUCUACAUAGCAGCCUGACUAUUCAAAAUUCACUGAACAUUCAUUUUGAAUAGUUUGCUUUUGAAGUGAUUAUUUUCUUAUAUGAAAGCUGUAUACGAAGAUGCAGUUGAUAUUUGAUUAUUAUAAUAGUUCAGCAUGAAAGUUGAUUUUUCAGUAUUUUGAAAUAUUUGAUAAGAAAAUUGUUUUGGAAUAAAAGUUUUACUUUUUUUUAACCCCAACCCUUCUAAUUAUUAGAUGGUUUUGAUAAUGAGUAAUCUUUUUAUAUCUAUUUUCUGAAAUGUGUGUAUUUUCUUUCCUGGCAAAAACAUAAGUUUAUUGAGUUCCCGUGUGUGCUUUUUGGUGAUUUAUCUAUAAAUCUUAAUGGCCAUAGAAUUAAGGACUUGUUAAACCUACAACCAGAUCUUAUUUCGUUUCUUAAUAUUAAAAUGUAUUGACUAGUUUUCUAAAAAAAAUUAAAAAAAAAAAUGCAAAAUGAAAUUUGUGUUUUGGAAUAUUAUAUCACUGUAAAAUGCUCAUUAAUUAGAAAAUUGCA